GCAAACAAAGUGUCCGCAGCCGGAGCCGUGAAGCCCUGAGAGCGGGACACCGCCACCACACGGACUCAUUCACCUCAUAGACUGUUUACAAACGGAGAAAAGACACCGGGAGGGUCCGCUGUAACGCUCACACCGGAGGCGGAUCACACGGAGGGAGUCGGUGCUCCUGCUGUUGUGUGGACUCUAACACUGCGCACGGCGGAUCUAUGAAGGAGCGCGCGGCUUUCUCACUCUCAGCACCAGUCACAGGGAACAGGGAGUGAUUACCCCCCGGCCUGCAGUCCCCAUGCCGGGCAUCAGCUCCACCGCGCCUCGUUAUGACAGCUGGGACAUGGACCACCUCGACCACUACCAACAUUAUUUCUAUGACGACCACCACGACCCAGACGAGGAUUUCUUCAAAUCCACCGCGCCCAGUGAGGACAUAUGGAAGAAAUUCGAGCUGGUCCCAACCCCGCCCAUGUCCCCCAUCCGGGCGGUGGAGGGGUCUGGCAGGCUGCUGUGCCCAUCUCUUGGAGACAAGCUGGAGUGGGUGUCUCAGUUCUUAGGACAAGAGGACGACCAGCAGCAGGACCUGCCCUGCAAGCUGACCACGGCCAGUGACUCGUUUGGGAACCUGAGCUCCAUCAUCAUCCAGGACUGCAUGUGGAGCGGCUUCUCUGCCGGACAACAGCUGGAGAGAGUUGUAGGGGAGCGGUGCGCCUCCUGUCCCGGGACAGGGGCUGUUGCCAAAGUGGCAGCCAGCUCGGCUGUCCCCUCUCCAGGGAGAGCACAGGGUGCCCCUGGCGAAGCAUCGGCCCUGAGUGGACUGGCUGUGGACUGUGUGGACCCAGCUGCCGUGCUCACUUUCCCGUUAACCAGUGGAUGCAAGAAACAAGUGUCCUCUGGUUCCGAUUCUCACACCGACUCAUCAGAUGAUGAGGAUGACAAGGAUGAGGAUGAAGAGGAGAUCGACGUGGUGACAGUGGAGCACAAGCAGCAACGCAAACCUCGUCGACUGGUCAACACCCGCAAACCAGUGACCAUAACAGUACGUGCAGACCCCCUGGACCCCGGCAUGAAGCGUUUCCACAUCUCCAUCCACCAACAGCAGCACAACUAUGCUGCCCCCUCCCCGGACACGCUGCCUCCACCGGCUGAGCCGCCGCGGAAGAGGCUCCGUAACGAGGUGUCGUCUCAGGCCGCGCAGCCGCACCAGAACUCUCAUCAGCAGCAGCCGCGGCCUGGCCACACGCCUCUGAACUUAGACAGCAGGAAGUGUCCUGUGACCGUGGCCGGAGUCAGGUCAGAGUCACCUAACCUCAGCGCCUCCUCUCCUACCUCCAUGUCCCCUUCGUCUCCUCCCUCCUCCUCCUCCUCCUCCUCUUCCCCCCAUUCCCAAAGCUCCCCCUCCAAGCCGCACUCCUUCUACCAGCUUUCCAGCCCCCAGUCCCCCGACUGCGAGGACACAGACAAACGCAGGGCGCACAACUUCCUCGAGCGCAAGCGAAGGAACGACCUGCGCUCGCGUUUCCUGUCGCUGCGGGAUGAGAUCCCUGGCUUAGCGGACUGCCCCAAGACGCCCAAAGUGGCAAUCCUGAUGCGAGCCACUGAGUACCUGCAGCAGCUGCACGCCAGCGAGCGGCAGAAGGCUCAGGAGAGGAAGCAGCUGAAAUCCAGACAGAUGCAGCUGCUGCAGAGGCUGGCACUGCUCAAACGCUCCUGAGUGUCAACACACACACACACACACACACACACACGGACACUGAGAGCGGAGCGGCACGAUAUGAAGGAGAAGAGUCACUAAUGUUCACUUUGAAUUGGUGCGGGUGGAUUUUUUUUUUGUUUUCUAUUUUUGUGGUUUGCACAUUAGCUUGUGAGUGAUUGACGAGGCCAGACAGUAGGCCAGGGACUGAUGUUAUGAGGCGUCUUACAGGCAGAUGAAUAUGUCCAUGGUUACUCAGUACAGGUUGUCAAACUGUUAAAUUUCCCCCCUCGCUGAAAAACUGUUGCUGGCUGUGAAUGCAGCAGCUUGUAGCUGAUAAACUGCUGCAGCUGUGCUGUGUGCCUGCUGCAUGGUCUGGUUGUGAUUGGGCUCAGUGUGCUUGCACAGCAGAGAUGUCUCCUCUUUCUGUCUGUCCACGGUCUAAAGGGCCUCCUCAAGUGUCUCUGUAGAGUCUCCUUCUCUCUGUUCUUUAAAGUCCUCUGCUCUCAGCGCUCGGCGUACAACUCGGACAUUUAGUUGUCAAGUUGUGUCGUGUUUCUGCUCUUUUCCUGUCUCGUCUCUCAUCUUCCAACAUCUAACCUCCUUCCUCUUGUUCUUCUCUUCACACUUCUUGUUAGUGUUUUUUGGGAAUGAAGGGGGCUGCAGUGGGACUGUAUUGAGCCACGCAACACCGAUGUUACAACUGGAUAUAUUCUGCACCUCUGGAAUAGCUCAGGUUAAGUCCUUACUUGAGUGCCUGCAGGUUUCCAUUCAGCAUCCUCUUCUUGCAUCACAGACGUCUCAGCAGCAGCACCACAGGAACGACCAGUUUCUUAGCUUAAUUAUUUGGAGAAAAUGAUAAAAUAUGUUGCCAUACAGGCAUUGUUUAAUCCAACUCUCAAUCAGUAUCUCCAAAAAAACAAUGAAGAUUUUCACCAAGAUUUCUCUGUAUCUAUCUGUUAUUGUUGUGCCAUAGAGAGCAGCCAAAAGGUGAAUGUUGACUUCAAAUUAUCAACCAAAAGAAACUUGACAAUGACUUAAACUGAAUCCAACAUCAAUGUCAACUUCUGCUUUAAGAUGAAGCCCACUGAGUUCCAACUGUACAUUUCCUUUAUCUAGCUGUCUAAUAUUCGUAAAUGGUUUUUUUUGCAUUUGAUGUAACGCCUAUAGAAGCCUUUCAAUGUCUGUAGAAGAUCCUGAUGGAUGUUGUGUAUAUAGAUCCCUCACUGUACAGUCCCUUCAAACCAAAACCAGAGCUGUCUACUAUACUCUCCUAGUUUUCGUCGGGCCCCGCGUCUUACACCGGGGGCCCAAGCUUGCCGGCUUUUCAAAGAUAACUCAAAGCUUCUAUUUUUGUUAAUAAAAUGAUUAUGAAAAAAGAGUCAAAAUAAAACACAUACUGAACAUUGAUCACACUAGCCACUUUGUCACUGUGUUUGUUUUGCAAUGCCUACUUGUUUUCUUUUCUUUACCGUCUCUGAGGUUUCUUUUAUUUGUACAAAAGUUUUAUACUAUAUUUUCCUACCGAGUUGUUUCAGUGUGAGCUUAUGACUGUUUCUGUUCUUGUAGCUGGCGAGGCUUUAUUGGUGGUUAUGUGCUGAAAAUUGGCGUUGUGUUUUAUGCGUGUGGAGUGGAAAAGCAAUUGAAUGCUCCUUUGUUCAAUCACUAGACAGGUUUCCAUGAACCUUCUAACUGUAAAUUGAAAUUAAGAAUAUAGAAUAUGCCUAAUGGAAACAUGUCAAUUUAGAAAAAAACGUGGCCU